AUGUCCUACGACGUGUGCGUCGUGGGUGCGGGGCCCGCCGGCCUCUCGGCGGCCAUCAAGAUCAAGCAGCUAGCAAAGGAGGGAGACCAGGAUAUCAGCGUUUGUGUCGUGGAGAAAGGUGCUGAAGUGGGUGCCCACAUCAUCUCUGGUAAUGUUUUGGACCCGAGGUCAUUGGUGGAGUUGUUUCCAAACUGGAAGGAGGAGUCAGCGCCUUUGAGGACGGAGGCAAAGCAUGACCGUGCAUACAUGCUCACCAAGAAUCGUGCUUGGCGAAUGCCAGUGCCUCCUCAGAUGCGCAACAAAGGCAACUAUAUAAUCAGCCUAAGUGAGUUGUGCCGAUGGAUGGCAGGGAGAGCUGAGGACCUUGGAGUGGAGGUGUACACAGGCUUUGCAGGCCGGGCCAUGCUGUACAACCCUGAUGGCAGUGUUGGCGGCAUCCUGACGAACGAUGCAGGGGUUGCUAAAGAUGGCUCAGCCAAGGCUGGAUACAUGGCUGGCGUCGAGCUGAGGGCAAAGGCGACUCUGUUGGCAGAGGGCUGCCGUGGGUCGCUGUCGCAGGAAGUUAUAAAGACGUAUAAGCUGAGGGAAGAAGAAGGUGCUGAUCCUCAAACUUAUGCGUUGGGAAUAAAGGAGAUGUGGGAGGUUCCAGCCUUGAACCACAGGGAAGGCACCGUAUGGCACACACUGGGAUACCCUCUUGAUUCCCAAACGUAUGGUGGCGGCUUCAUGUACCACAUGGCUGAAAACCGUGUGAGCGUGGGAUUUGUGGUAGGCCUGGACUACCGCAACCCAUACAUCAGCCCAUACCAAGAAUUUCAGAAAUUCAAACUCCACCCAGCCAUUAAGAAGGUGCUGGCGGGAGGUACAUGUGUUCAGUAUGGGGCAAGGGCUUUGAAUGAAGGCGGCGUUCAGUCUAUCCCAAAGCUUAACUUUGCAGGUGGGGCCCUUAUUGGGUGCUCAGCUGGGUUCAUGAAUGUUCCCAGAAUCAAGGGUACGCAUACUGCCAUGAAGUCAGGUAUUCUGGCAGGGGAAGCAGUUGUAUCUGCGCUGAAGAAGGAAAAUCCAGGACCUCUGGACUUGGCAUCCUACCCGGCUGCGAUGAAAGAGUCAUGGGUUUGGGAUGAGCUGCAUGCCGUCCGAAACAUUCGUGCAGUAUUCAGACAUGGAAAAUGGCUGGGAUUGGCACACGCUGGACUUGACUUGUUUCUUCUUCGUGGCAGUGUGCCUUGGACUAUGAGACACAGACGAGAGGACCAUGAGGCAACGCAGCCAGCCGCAGACUUCGCCCCGAUCCAGUACCCCAAGCCUGACAACGAAAUCACAUUUGACAUCCCGUCCUCCCUGUAUCGCAGUGGGACGAACCACGAGCACGAUCAACCACCGCACCUCAAACUGCUCAACACUGGCAUUCCUGAAGUCGUGAACAAAGCCAUUUACAAUGGACCGGAGUCGAGGUACUGCCCUGCUGGGGUUUAUGACUACGUAGACGACGGCUCGGGUCACGAGGCCCUGCAGAUCAGCGCCCAGAACUGCCUGCACUGCAAGGCGUGUGAUAUAAAGGACCCCGCGCAGAACAUCAAGUGGACGACCCCGGAGGGUGGCGGCGGACCCGGCUACACUUGCAUGUGA